GGAGGGAGGCAGGCAGGCGAGAGAAGGGGAGCUGCUCGGAGCCCGGACUUCCCAGAGCCAGCCAGGAGCGCGCACUCAGCGGCUCUCCGGGUCCCCGCCGCCCCGCACCUCCCUCCCGCUCCUCUCGGGGUACCCCUCGCCCCCUCCUUCCAGCAGCUGCUACGCCCGCGCCGGCGGCCGCCCCCCAGCCCCUCUCGGCCACAUCCCCAACUCUGCGGACUCACUCCCGGGACGCGCGUCCUCGCCUCAUCCUUUCUUCCUUCCUGCCUUCCCUCGCGCCCGCCCGCCCUCCCCAGGUCUCCCUCGCGGGUCGCGAUUGUCUCCGUCCCCUCCGCGCUGCGCCGGCGCCUCGCCCUGCCCGGUCUUCCCCUCGCACUUCCUGAGUCGCCGGCCGCCGCUGCCCCGACUCCAGCCCGCGGCGUCCGGGGAAGGGAGAAGUGGGCGAGCGCGCCCUCGCCCAGCCCCGCGCCCCAGCCCUGCCCGGCGAGGGAGGACCGGGAAGAUGAACAACGGCAGCAAAGCCGAGAAGGAGAACACCCCGAGCGAGGCCAACCUUCAGGAGGAAGAGGUCCGGACUCUCUUUGUCAGCGGUCUCCCUCUGGACAUCAAACCUCGGGAGCUAUAUCUGCUUUUCAGACCAUUUAAGGGCUACGAGGGUUCUCUUAUAAAGCUCACAUCUAAGCAGCCCGUAGGUUUUGUCAGUUUUGACAGUCGCUCAGAAGCAGAAGCUGCCAAGAAUGCUUUGAAUGGCAUCCGCUUCGAUCCUGAAAUUCCGCAAACACUACGACUCGAGUUUGCUAAGGCAAACACGAAGAUGGCCAAGAACAAGCUAGUAGGGACUCCAAACCCCAGUACUCCUCUGCCCAACACUGUACCUCAGUUCAUUGCCAGAGAGCCAUAUGAGCUCACAGUGCCUGCACUUUACCCCAGUAGCCCUGAAGUGUGGGCCCCGUACCCUCUGUACCCAGCGGACUUAGCGCCUGCGCUGCCUCCUCCUGCUUUCACCUACCCCGCUUCACUGCAUGCCCAGAUCCACCUCCAAGAGAUUAAUGCCCCCCUCUCGAUCAGCCGCCACUCCUCCGGGACUUCUGAGGACCGUCUGACAGCCAUGGCAUCACCCACUGCCUGACGUUUGCCCCCCCCAACCCGCGCCCCCAGACAACACCACUCUCCUCCUUAAUGAUCUCACCUCAUGCCACACACACGGGAGACGGGCCCAGGUUAGACCUCCCCCAGCCAGCUCGAGGGCGCCCCCGGAGCACAGGUGUGUGUGCCUUGUGGAGGGACCGCAGCGGGAGGCGUGCGCGUGGCCCUGGAGUCAUGUGUCUGCGUGCGUUUGUCUGUAUGGAGAGUUCUCGUGUAUUCUGGGAGCCCGAGUGAUGAAGGGGGCAUGUCGGGAGUUUCCAGGAGGAAGGCUGUGUGCUAGCCUACAUGUGUCAAGGACCAGAUUCACACUUCCAUUUAUUUUUAAGAGACCCUGUGGGAAAGGAGGUACGAUAUAGUGUCUUAAAUGGAAUUAGAAGUCAGGGUCGAGGUGUGUCUUCUGACCGGCUUUCUUUCUCAGUUAAGAAUAGCCUGAGUUUUAUAAACAAACUCCAGUGUUUCUUCACAAAGAUUACUGUCUACUUACGAACGCUUUCUCUUCCCUUGGGGAAAAAAAUGGUUUCUCUUAGCUUUUCUUUUCUUGCAAGCAGUAGUAAUCCAUGUUAGGAUCCAGAGUGAUGAUCAGUAGCAAAUAAGAGAGAAAGAAUAUAGCUGUCAUUUGUCUUAUUCCACGUGUAGGUCCUCUAAAAGCAGAAAAGCCUGCUCUUAAAACGUCAUCAGCCUGCACAGGUUUGGAGGGACAGGGGUUGUUUUGCUUAGUGUUUAUUGACCAGGCUGGGUGAAAUCAACAGCUUGCCAGAAAACCCUUCUGACUUAACACUCUUUUACGUGGUACAGAACUUACCUGUGUUGUACACGAGACCUACCAGCCGCCCCAGUGAGGGUUCUCACAGGGAGGCCGUGGGCUCAGGAGUGUUGUUAGAUGGACAUCCUUCCAUUCUCUUGCAGCUCAGCUGUCAAUGCUUCGAUUGUGCAUGGACAGCCCGGCCUCUCAGGUACCGUGCAGGCAACCUACAAAGAAAAAGCCUCCGUGCCUGGACCUCCAGAGUUGGGAGAGGCGGGUGGAAAGAGUCCAGGUAGUAGGUGAAUGGUGGUGGCAGCACUUGGCAUAGGAAACAGAAUACCAGGGCUCUUCCGAGACUGACACCCAGUCUGGGUUGCUGUUCGCUUCCCUUCCCUUGCUGCCCUUUCCACCUUCGUCCACGUCAGUGCUUGGCCACCCUUGCAACAGCAGGUAGCCAGAGCUGCAAAGGGAAAGAGAACCAGCAGACACCUUCUGCUGGGUUACCAGAAUGUUCCUGGGGGCCUCAGGCAUAAUUUCAUAGAGGCCGUGGAGCAACUCAAAAAAGUCCUCUCUGUUGGUGGCCCACCCCCACCAUCUGGGCUAUGUAAUAGCCCCCUUUUUCCUCUUCCUGGACUGCCUAGAUACAGAUCCAUUGACUGUCGAGGCCAUCUUAAUGACACCAUGAAAUGGUGCCAAGUUUGCAUGGUCUUCUAAAUACCCAUGGCUUUGGUUAAUCAGCCACAAAGCCUUCUCACCAUUGCCCUGGAAAAGCAAGGCCUGACACUGGCCGAACAGGACCGGGAAUGAGAGAUCCGAAAGCCCGGGCCAUUGUGAGAGAGGAUGAGGAGAGACGGUGCCAAGAUAAAUGGACUCGCCGGUUCUGACUUACGGGGAUGUGUACCGCCCAUGGUGGCAUGUUCCCCGUGAGCUGUUCCUUGGUCUUGAGACUUUCCCAGCCGGGCAUCCACUUGGCAUCGCUACAUCAGCCCUAGAGCUGGUGGGACUCUCAUCUGAUACCAGUGUGAGAUCCUUGCGCUCAACCCUGCUUCUUAUUGGGGGUCAUUCCCAGUACAAGCUUGAGUUCUAUGUUGCAAAGGCUGAUGAGCAGAUAACGGUUAUUUAAAUGUCUUUGUCCGAUAGGAGAGUCGUAGAAUGAACUGGGAGAGGCUUGACAGAUCAGCUGGUCUGACCCAUUUUACAAAUGAGGACACAGACCAGAGAAGAUGCAGAGAGUUGUCCAAAGUCUACACGUGGCUCUGCCGUGGCCAGAGUCGUGUCACCUGAUUCCUAGCUCUGUCCACACCUCAGUGCUGGCUCACCAGAGACUAAGUCUUUGAUGGAAUUGUGGAGAGGCCUUGCUGCAAUGACUCCUUGGAUCUUUUUCUUCUCUAAGUAGAUGAGAAGCCUGUAAGAAGAGACUUGGAGACAGAGACGAGGGACUCAGAACUUAACCAUCACCCAAAAGGCCUAAGAGAAUUUUUACUAACUGGAGGUAGAGCAGAGGGGAAGACCAGAAUGGAGCGUCCCCUUAGUGGCUAAUUCCGUUUUUGUUCUGGAAAUCUUAUUAUAUGUCUUUGGAGAUCAGCUUUGAGAUGAUUUUGCUUUUCUUAGUGAUGUUGUGCUCUGUUUUGAGACUUGGAUUUUUUUUUUC